GGAAAAAAAAAAAUUGAAAAUUUCCGCGACCAAAUAUUUUCGCCAUCCAAUAUCGGUGUCGUGUGGCUGCCAGCACAACAUAUGCCAACGCCGAAGUCGACAACAUCUUGAGAAUUAUUGUAAUAGUUGUUGUCCACCCUCAACAAUGCCUCUUCUCAUUCUUGCUGAGACCAGUGCGGGUUAUGGUCUCUUCAAGGCCCGCGAUAAGAAGCUGCUCUCUGCAGAUGACCUGGAGAGCAGGCUAGACACUGCCGAAAAGAUCAAUCAAGAGUUGAAGCUUAAGGAAUUUGUGAAAUGGGACAGCGCAGCUGCUGCCGUGGGGGAGAUCGGUGCCUUGCUUGAGGGCAAGGUCCCCCCGAUGCUGGCUAAGCUCAUGGAGACGGUCAAGGACGAGAAGAAGGUCUCGCUGGCGGUGGCCGACAAGAACAUCGGUGUUGCCCUUCAGAGGAUUCCAGGCCUCAGCAACAUCACCGAGAUCAACUCCGGCUCCUCCACGACCGAUCUCUACCGUGGUAUCCGUACCCAUCUGUCCGACCUCAUCCCCGGAAUCCUGCCAGAGAACUUCAAGACCAUGUCUCUUGGUCUCUCGCAUUCACUCUCGCGUCACAAGCUACGAUUCUCAGCCGACAAGGUGGAUGUCAUGAUUAUUCAGGCCAUCAACCUCUUGGAUGAUCUUGACAAGGAGCUGAACACGUACGCUAUGCGCGUCAAGGAGUGGUACGGCUGGCACUUCCCUGAGCUGGGCAAGAUCCUCAACGACAACCUUGCUUACGCCCGCGUCAUUCUCACCCUUGGCAUGCGCUCCAACGCUACCAAGGUUGAUCUGUCCGAAAUCCUGCCCGAAGAGAUCGAGACGGCCGUCAAGGCUGCCGCCGACCUGAGUAUGGGUACCGAGAUUAGCGAGGAGGAUCUUGAGAACAUCACUUUGCUUGCCGAGCAGGUUGUCUCAUACAGCGAAUACCGUGCCCAGCUGUCUUCAUACCUCGACGCCAGGAUGCGCGCUAUUGCUCCCAGCUUGACGGAGCUGGUUGGUUUCCUUGUCGGUGCCCGUCUGAUCGCUCACGCCGGUUCCCUCAUGAACCUGGCCAAGAACCCCGGUUCCACUAUCCAGAUUCUCGGUGCCGAGAAGGCAUUGUUCCGUGCUCUCAAGACUAAGCACGCCACACCCAAGUACGGUCUCAUCUACCACGCCUCCCUCGUCGGCCAAGCGACGGGUAAGAACAAGGGCAAGAUCGCCCGUCAGCUGGCCGCCAAGGCAGCACUUGGUGUCCGUUCGGACGCUCUGACAGAGUUCAAGGAUGGUGAGGAGGCGGACGAGGAGGCUCGCGCUGUUUUCGGUGCCACUCAAAGGGCCAAGGUCGAGUCCAACCUCAGGAGACUGGAAGGCAAGCCUAUUCUAGCCAAGGGCGUGACAGUUGGUCCCAACGGCAAGGCCGCACCGGCACCUAGCAAGUGGGAUGUCAAGGAGGCGAGGAAGUACAAUGUUGACGCCGAUGGACUUGCCGGCAACGAGCCCGCCAGUGCCGAGACUCCUGUCAAGGAGUUCAAGAAGAAGUCAAAGAAGGCAAAGGAGCCUUCCCCCGAUGAGGAAGAUGCUUCGGACGAUGACAUGGAAGAUGCUCCAGCUCAAAAUGGCACCCCUGCCAAGGCUACUCCUAAAAAGUCAUCGGGCAAGCCAGGCAAGCUUACCGAAGCCGACUACGAGCGCCUUGCCGAGCAGGCUGGUAUCUCGGUGUCCAAGUUCAAGAGAAAGUUUGAGCGUGGCGAUGUCGAGCUGGAUUCCGAAGGCAACCCAGUCGUUCACAGCAAAAAGGAUCUCAAGAAGAAGCGCAAGUCCAUGGACGCUGGCAGUGAGAUGGGCACCCCGGCUGGCGGCGAGAAGCGAAAGAGGGAUGACGACGAGGAGAAGCCCAAGAAGAAGAAGAAGAAGCAUAGCAUUUCAUGAUGCGCUUGGAUGUCGCUUAUGUUUUCUCUUCUCCCACUUCAUCUCAUCUAUCAGGUGUUUUUUUCUCUGAAAGCUUGUUUCCAUUGUAUAAACAAUCUGACCUUCUUUUUCGGUCAGAGUCUCGGCGUUGGAUGGUAUGGGAUUUGUGUUGGUGCCUUUUUGCUUUGGGCAGUCGUUCUAAGUUCUCGAAUUCACUUCUCGACAUACCAUGUUACGGAGUUUGUCAAUACGGGUCACGGAAAAAGAAAAGAAUGCGAAUGCUCUAAUACGUUACCAAGACUGGUCUUGUUUAUCGCGCGAUCCCUGUUCUUUGCCAGUGCUGCAUUGAAGUUAGGAAUUUCCGGCCGGUCCAAAGACUACCUACCUACCUAGCGAGGAACUAUGUCAAUAUUUUGGUGCCACCUCGUACGGACAGGCUCUCCAAGUCGUGCGAUUGCGAUAGGACAAUUAGAUAAUUGAUGAGGGCCAUGACGUGCCCGUUACGGCUUAUAAAUCCCCACGAGUGCAGGCCAAUACAAAAAGCAUAGCUGCGGACGCAAAUACUUGCAUUCUAUUUGGCCUUUCAUUUAAAAUACGACAUCCAAAACUGGACUAUCUGAUCACUUAACAAUUACGAGACCAACUACAAGGCAAAAAUACAGC